GUCCAGGGGCGGACUGACCAUUUGGAAACUCGGGCACUGCCCGAGGGCCCGGGGUCAGUAGGGGGCCCCAUGAGAUGCCCCUAGUACCUUUUUCAUAGGCUUUUUUGAGUUUGGGCAAUGACACAGGUGCCCCAUGAUCCCCUAAAGCCCGGGGGCCCCAUGAGUUGUCAGUCUGCCCCUGGUCGGUGCUGCCCAUCAGUACUACCUAUCAGUGCUCAUCAGUGCUGCCUGUCAGUGCUGGCUAUCUGUACCAUCUCAUCAGUGCCC